AUGGGCAUUCGCUUUAGUGGACGCUCGCGAACAAUCAAUUUGACAGUUCUUGGACUGGAUGGGGCGGGAAAGACGACAUUGAUUGAGCGACUUCAUCACAAUUGUUUUAUUGAAACCUCAUCUACACGCUACUUCCAAUACUAUGAGUUCACUGUUCGCACGAACGGGCCGCUUGCAGGAGUUAAUCUAAGGAUUUGGGAUUUAUCAGGGCGGGAGGGUGCUCGGUUUUUAUGGACGGAGUUUUUGGCUUCAGCGGACGUCUUACUUUAUGUAGUGGAUGUAAGUAACACAGAAAGGUGA